CUGCAGCCGUCGUCGUAGGGAGCAGAUGUGUUGCGCUGUGUGUCUCGUGGAAAACAGCAACAGUGAGAAGUGUGAUGGUGUUGCCUUAGUGUUGCGAGUGUUGCCGUGUGUGUGAAGGUCGCCUGCAGCCUGUGGGGGCGUCAGAGCCGGCGCGUGGGAUCGAUAUGUCCUCCCACUCGCCUGAUGACACGGAAGACUUCCCCGGCCGGCUGCUGCACCAGGCUGCUCUAUGGGACAACGCGGAGCUCCUUGAGGACCUGCUGAACGGGGACCAAUUGGCUCACCUGGAUUGCCGGGAUGCCUGGGGUAGGACGCCCCUGCACGCCGCGGCCACCACCGAGUCCUCCCGCUGCCUCAGGAUACUUCUACAGGCCGGGGCGGACGUCAACCUCGCAUCGGGACCUCGGGCUGAAGGCAGGACGUGCCUCCACCUCGCCUCCGAGCACGGGGCGGUGGAGAACAUCCGCCUCCUUCUGGACCACGGCGCCGACCUGCUGGCCAAGGACGCGAACGGCAUGACGGCGCUGGACUUGGCAGAACACGGCGAGCAUGAACAGUGCAUGGCGGUGCUCAAGGGCGCGGCAGGUAUGUACGGUCGAGAAAGUUUCCUGUUCCGUGAGUACAUUAUCAUAGUUCCCCUUUAAAACCUUUUGUUGUGGUUACCCCUCAAAAGGUUUUCUCUGACGCGUGUGCUCCGUUUUCUUCUUUAUGUAUUUUUAAGGGUGUCUUGUAUUUUUUUAAGUUGGUGGGUGGGUGAGGAUGGGGGUCUGUAUGCAUAACUAAAGGAAAUGUUGAGAAAGAAAGCAGGAAGGAAGAAUUGAGAAUAUAGGGAAGGAAAGAAGGGAUAAAGGAGGGAGGGAGGAAAGAAAGGCAUUGAAUAAAGAUAUAGUAAAAGGAAGGAAAAAGAAUUAAGGAAAAAGAGAAAGAAAGAAUUGAGGGAAGAAAGGAAGCAAGAAGGGAGAAAGGGAAGGAGGGAGUUGAGAAAAUAUAUACAAUAAAGGAAAAAGAAAUAAAAAACAACAACAGGAGAAUGAAUGAAGGAAGCAAUGAUGGAAGAAUGAAGGAGGGAGGAAAGGAAGAUGAAAAAUAUACGAGGGAGGUAGAAAGAACAGAAGAGGAGAAGAAGAAAGGAACGAAGAAAGAAAAUGUGGAGAGAUGAAAGGAAAGACUGAAGAAAAUAUAAUAAAGAAUUUGAAGGAUGUAAAAUGAAAUACAAAAAAGUGAAAAGAGGAACGAAGGAAGGAAAAAAAGGAAGAAGGGAGAAAAAAAGGAAGUACAGAGGACGAGAGAAAAGGAAAUAUAAAAUAAGUACAUUGAAAAAAAUAAAAAAGUCAAUGAAGAGCAGAAGAAGAGAAGGAGGAGGAGGAGAAAAAGAAGGAAGAAGGAAAGAAAGGAAAAUAAUGAAAGAAGGAAUUAAGUAAAAAAAAAAGUGUACUGAAUGAGGUUAGUUAAGUAAGUUGUUGGUGGUGGUGAUGGUAGUGGUGGUGGUGGUAGUGAUGUUUAUGGUGAUGAUGGUG